UAUCUGUAUGUAUGUAUGUUAUCUAUUUUGCUUGGUUUUCCCAUUAAAUUUGUAAUUUCACUUAUUUACUUAUUACUCAGAUCAAAAGUCUGCAUCCCUUACUUGAAAAGAAGCAAAGUAGCACAUAUCCUCAAUCUCAGCCCUCCUCUGAACCUGAACCCAGUCUGGUUCAAAAAUCACUGUGCGUACACUAUGGCAAAGUAUGGAAUGUCCAUGUGUGUUCUUGGGAUGGCCGAAGAAUUUAAGGGGGAAAUUGCCGUCAAUGCUUUGUGGCCAAAAACAGCUAUACAUACAGCUGCUAUGGAUAUGCUGGGAGGAUCAGGGGUGGAGAAGCAGUGCAGGACCACUGACAUCAUAGCUGAUGCUGCAUACUCCAUUUUGACCAAGCCAAAGAAUUAUACAGGAAACUUUGUAAUUGAUGAGGAGUUACUGAGAUCUGAGGGGAUCAAGGAUUUUGAUGUCUAUGCAGUAUCUCCAGGACAUCCAUUGCUUCCAGAUUUCUUUUUAGAUGACGCUCCAGAUGAGCUCACCAGUAAAAUUGAGAAGUUUGGAGGGUCUGCAGCUUUCAAGGAGGGUAAACAAGUGGCCUCAAGUCCCAGUAGUCCUGUGGAGGAAACGUUUGCUGUUAUUGGAAAAUCUAUCAAUGAGGAGGCUGUCAAGUCUGUAAAUGGAGUUUACCAGUUUGUGCUUGCAGGUUCAGAUGAAGGCACAUGGUAUAUGGAUCUGAAAAAUGACAAGGGUGCCGUUGGAAAAGGUGAACCACCUAUCAAAGCAGAUGUGGUGAUGAGUAUGGAUAGUGAGGACUUUGUAAAGAUGUUUACAGGUAAACUGAAGCCUACAAUGGCAUUCAUGUCGGGAAAGCUGAAGAUUAAAGGAAAUAUGGGUCUGGCAAUGAAACUAGAAGCACUUAUGGGCCGGAUGAACUCAAAGUUGUGAUUUUGUUACGUCAAGUUGGUUUUUAUAUGGAAAUUUCAGAAAAGGGAUGAAAUUACUUGACUACGGGCUUCACUACAGAAGAAUAUGCUGUGAAAGAGAAACUGAAAAUUCUAGACUAUCCAAUACAGAGUUAACCAAAAUAGAAAUUUGUACAUGACCUUCUUGUAUUAAUAGUUUUGCAAGGAGGGCAUGAAUACAUUGAACAGAUUUAUUGACUCACUAUACCAAUAUAGAAUACUGUACACUUAUCAAUACUUCAUUCAAUUAACAACAUGGUAAAACAACUUUUUUUUUUCCAGCUAUUAAAGAACGAGAUCUGCA